AUGGAAAUGGUAGUCUUGCCGAUUGGAAGUGAACCAAGUGGCACAUGGAGGGACUGUCGCCUGCAUAACUUGUAUAUCAGUUUCAAAGAUUUAAAAUGGCAGGACUGGAUCAUAGCCCCAACGGGCUACUCCGCCUACUACUGUUCGGGAACGUGCAACUUCCCCCUACAUGGUCACAUGAACGCCACCAACCAUGCCAUCGUCCAGACCUUGGUCCACUUGACAAACCCUAACCGAUACCCGAAGCCCUGCUGCGCCCCCUCCAAGUUGACACCGAUUUCCGUGUUGUAUUUCUUGGAUGAUACUAACGUCAUCCUCAAGAAGUACAAGAAUAUGAUGGUGAAGAGCUGUGGGUGUCACUGAGAGAUACGGGUUGAUCAAGAGACGACUAUGUGCUCAAUAAUUUGAAUGGACGAGAUUUGUAGAUAG